UUGGUUAACAAAAGGUUUAUAGCUUUUGCUGGUUUUUCUUUCAGUUUGUGGCAAGGAAUUCGAAUUUCUGCAUCAUAAGUUAUAUAAAUCAUGAUGGAGUUCUCUUUGUGUGCAACAGCCAAUAUUAUCAUGGCAAUGACCUUCCUAAUUCAAUAUCUUCCCUCAUUAAGUUCAACUCCAAUCGGUAUCGGUGUCAACUUGGGCUUAAACGGAGACAAUCUUCCAUCACCAGGCGAUACAAUAAACCUCUACAACAGAUGCCAGAUCAACUUCAUCCGAAUCUUCGAGCCGAGACACGAAAUACUCGACGCCCUACGAAACAAACCAACAUUUGUCUCCCUCGGCGUAAGAGACCAAGACCUUCAAACCUUGGCCUCGGACCAAUCCGCAGCCAAUCAAUGGGUCAAAGACAACGUCGUACCGUACAUCCCCGACGUCAAUAUCGGCUACAUCACUCUCGGUAACGAAGUAAUCCCCGGUCCGCAAGCUCAGUACGUAGCACAAGCCAUCAACAACAUCAACGCCGCGCUAACCAACGCCAGAAUCUCCAAAGACAUCAAGGUCACCACUGUCAUUUCGUCGAACACCUUGUUCGCAUCUUACCCUCCUUCGGCCGGCACUUUCAACGAAGAAUCGGCUUCGGCUCUGAAAAACAUUAGUACAAUUUUAUCCGGGCGUGGUUCGCCGAUCAUGGUCAAUGUGUAUCCUUACUUUGCCUACGUUGCGGACCCAGAGCAUAUUCGCUCGGAUUACGCUUUGUUCACUUCGCAAGGAACCGUCGUCACUGAUGGGGAUUAUUCGUAUCAGAACCUGUUCGACGCGAUUGUGGAUUCGUUUUUCGCUGCAUUUGAGAAGAUCGGAGCUUCAGGAAUAAACUUGGCUGUGGCGGAGACGGGUUGGCCGAGCGCUGGGAAUGAACCAUAUACGAGCAUAAAGAAUGCCAGGACUUAUAAUAAGAACAUGAUGGAUCAUGUUUUGAGUGGAAAAGGAACGCCAAGGAGGCCCAAUCGCACUUUCAAUGCUUUUCUGUUUGAGAUGUUUAAUGAGGACCAAAAGCCUGCUGGUGUGGAGCAGAAUUUUGGGCUUUUCAAUCCAAAUAUGCAACCUGUUUAUCCUUUAUGGCCUUGCUAGAUUUAACCCCAAAAAAAAUUAAAAUAAAAAAUAAAAAACCUUCUUUUUAUAUAUAUAUAUAUAUAUAUAUUUUUUUUUUUUUUGCAGUUUGAGUGAGAAAAAUGGGGAAAUAAAUAAUUAAUGUAGUAAAAAUUUUAUAAGUUGAGAUGUAGAGUAGUCUCUCUUCCACCUUCAACAAUAAAGUUGAAUUCAUUUGACUUUGCUUCUCAUGGGAUAUAUGUAGCACUACAUGUAUGGUGGUUCUUCCUUUUUAUUUAUAAAAUUUCAUGAUAGAUAUAAAGUCCAUUGUCAUGGUUUUGGUAUAGUAUACAAUUUGGUUUUUUCUUUUA